GCGUUGCGUUAUUCUUUCUAUUAAAAACCAAGAAUCCCGAAGGAAAGAAACAGGAAACUAAUGGCAGAUCUUACCACUUGCGACCGGGAUGUUUCAGAUACACCACCAACUCAUUACAUCGUGAAACUCCGGUCAUUCUCUCUGCUUGCAAAGAAUGACGUCGAGAAAUACACCUCCGCUGAUUUUGAAACUGGAGGCUACACAUGGAAGUUGGCCAUUUACCCAAAUGGAAAUAAAACCAAAGGGGUAGCUGAUUACAUGUCCGUGUACGUGGUGAUGGCACGAGAAAAGUUCCUUCAUCCUGGGUUGGAAGUUCAUGCAGUUUUUAGAAUGUUCUUGCUUGAUCAGAACAGGGAUAACUACCUAACUCUCCAAGGAAAAGCAAGACGUUUUCACAAGAUGAAGCUUGAAUGGGGAUUUGACAGACUCGUGCAUCUGAAAACAUUUAAUGAUCCUUCCAAUGGAUAUCUUGUCAAUGACACGUGCAUUUUAGGGGUAGAAAUAUACGUGUGCAAGGAAACUUAUGCUGGAGCUAAAGGGGAGAGUCUAUUGAUGAUCAAGGACGCUGUAAGCCACAAAAGUACCUGGAAGAUUGAUAGUUUCUCUAUUUUAUAUGAUUCAUCUAAUUUAGAAGCAUCCAAUUCAUUUAACGCAGGGGAACAAAAAUGGAAGAUACAGCUGUAUCCGAAGGGAAAAGGCAGUGGCACAGGAAGUCAUAUAUCUUUAUACCUAGCUUUAGAUGAUCCUACGAGCCUCUCCCCUGGUAAUCAAAUAUAUGUAGAGUUUGCACUGCGUAUACUAGACCAAAUACAAGGAAAACAUUACCUUGGUAAAGCUAAGCAUUGGUUCAGUGCAUCAAACCCCGUUUCCGGUUGGCCAAGAUUUGUUUCACUGAGUUACUUCAACCAGUCAAACAAUGGUCUUCUGAGGUAUGACAGGUGCACCAUAGAAGCAGAAGUGACUGUGCAUGGGAUGGCUGAUGCACUUUAGGAAGAUAAUAACUUCUAGAACACCCUAUCGGGAAACUAAGAUCAUAUAAGAUAAAAUAAGCUGCAGGCAAUGCACACAAUAUUGUGAGAGUAGAGGGAAUGAGUGAGUUUCAUGCCAUAUGCAAAUGAUUGUAUAGACUUUGUUAUGUAUGUCGCUCGUAUGUAUGAUAAGAAAUGAAUGUGACGAAUGCAGAAUAGAAGCUUCGUCAGCACACAUUCAGGUCAA